CUCCUGCAUCCGGUAAAUCCUUUCACAAUAAAGUUACUAAACCGAAGCUAUUCUCAAGUGGUCCAUCGUCUCCAUCUACCUAUUGUCAGUACAUGCGGGAGACCCUCACGGGACUGGGAAUUUAUCGACAACUGCAGGACAGAAGACGGUGUCUCUGUACCAACACCAUCGUCCUACACCUUCCAUUAGCUCCAGGACUCUUCACCAAAAAUGAGCCUGCAACUUGAACUGAAGAAUGUGGAUCUGCGAGCUGGAGAUCAGCUGAAACUAAAGGGAGUAAUUCUGCACGAUGCUGAGAGAUUCCAGAUCGACCUCGGCUCUGAUGCAGACGACCUGGCGCUGCACUUUAACCCUCGUUUCCAUGAUGACACAGAUGGAGCUGUGCUCGUGUGCAACUCAAAGACUGAUGGUUGUUGGGGUGACGAGAAACGGGAAAUACACAACCCCUUACAGAGAGGCGCAGACGUCAAGAUUGUACUCAAGCUGGCGGGAGACGUGUUUGAGGUGGAGCUUCCUGAUGGACAGGAAGUCCAGUUUCCUAACCGUGUUGGCAUGGACGUCAUCAGCUACAUCAGAGUCACAGGGGACUUCAAACUGACUUCCUUCAAAAUCUGCUAAAAGUUACAGCUGCUGUAACACAUGCAGACUGUGGUCAUCAGUUUGGUUCAAGACGAGACCGAGUCUUGGUCAGUUACUGUAAGAAAUAUUAAUCAUUAAGAGAUGUAGCUCUUCAGUAUAUGGUAUAUUCAGUAUGUGGUCUUGUUUUGUUGUCUCUGAGGGUCAGUGUAAUAAAUGAUAACCAGA